AUGGCAUCAUGUGGAUAUCAUCUGUUCUGGCUUAUCCAAAUGGUGCUUCUCAGAUACACGGUUGCACAAACAGGAUCUCCUCGGCUCUCUUUUCAGAACAAGAUAAGCUAUCUGAAAGAUUUUUUGACAAGAGACUUCACCAGCUUUUGGUCGUAUAAAGAUCUUUACUUCAGCCCAAGUUCGAUCGGGGCGACUCCGCGACUUAUUCAGAGGUCUGUCGCCAACCUAGGUGAUGAAGUUCGGCUUAGAAGAUUGUUGCUCAAUGCCUUGAAGGGGGAAAAGGUCUGGAUGCCAAUUAUAGGAGGAUCUAUAUCUCGUGGUGCACCUUUUGCAGAAAAUGGACUAGGCCACCGAAUUUACUUUAACGCAGUUGCAAACUGGUGGAAUACCAUUUUUGAAGAUAUUACAGGAUCCAAGCUUGAGCCUCAAAACAUCGCUCUUGGUGGCGUCGGAUCGGACUAUUUCGCUUAUUGUCUCGAUCCUCAUUUGAACCAACAAUUUUCGCCUGAACUUAUCAUUUGGGAACUCUCAGCCAAUGACAAAGGUCGCUAUAAAGACAAACCAUUCCCUCCUGGCUGUCCUUUCGAGCAAUUGACUAGAAACAUUUUGCAGCGUUUCUCUAGGCCCGGUUUGCUAUUCAUCAACUUUUUCAGAGGUGCAGAUAUCGCUCAAGGCUACUGUAACAACUACGAAGACGAGGGUGGCCUCGAUGUGGCUGUUCAUUAUAACGUUACAUCACUGAGCUGGCGAGAUUUUAUUUGUGAUUAUAUCAAGCAAAACUCGGUCCAGUUUGGAAAAGAAAAAGCCUUUUCUACUGACUGCUUUCACCCUAGUAUCUUAGGACACGCUCAGAUGGCAUUUAUCGUCAUCAAUUACCUACGCAAUGCUUUUCUGCGAGCCCUUCGAGGCCCCGCGGGACAGGCAACCAAUGCAGAAAAUCUUUCCAGAGUACUUAACUUUGAAUUUUACAAUAUUCCUGGAGUUUUGUACCAGGAAACAUUAACUGAGAAGCCACUUUGCUUUACAUAUAUGAGACAUAACUCGUAUGAACCAAAUAACACUCUGACAGCGCGAGUUACACGUCAAGACAAUUUCAGGUACAAUAUAUACAAGCAAUUUAAAAUCAGGGCAGAUAAACUAUGCGGCAUGAAGACUGAUGUAGCUGAACAAUUGAUUCAAUUUGCAAUUUACCUGCCUCGCGCUUUCUCGCGUCUUGUUGUCGUUUCACACGCAGAUAGUGGUUCUGCGCAGGUUUGGGUGGACAAUCAGACUCCAAUAUGCAUUAGCACGGAUGACUACCAUAUGGGGACUUUGAUGGAAAUUGUCUCCACGAACCUCAAGCCUGGCAAACAUGUUAUUAAUGCCCUUUCGCUUAAAAAUGGAUUUGUCAUAAGUGCUAUUGCAGUGAUAUAG